AGAAAGUUAGACCACACAAGUAGAUCCAGAUCAGCACAAAAUUUAAUAUCAACAGUACAACCACUGAGUCUAUAUAAUUAUGCUUCAGUAUCUAUAUAGUCUAAGAUCAGUAUUGUAAAUCUAUCAUAAUGUCCAAGCUCCAGUGUUGCUGUGCUGUGUGCUGUUUCUGCCUGGUGCAUUAUACUCUGUACUUAGCUUUGCGAAGUGAUCUGGUUAUCCUCUUUCUUUUCUACCUGGCAAAUCAUGCUCUGUACAGUUUAUUGAGUCUGACUCUCAUGCUGGUUGCCUAUGCUGUAUGGUUGUAUCGUAACCUAGAAUACUUGGAUCCAUUUGAUCUGAGUUCGUACGACUGGGGAGAGGAAACUAUCCCUUCCACCACUGAACGUUCACUAGAUGAACUUAUAAAGCAAGUCAGCACAAUUAUUGGCAGGCACUGGAAACCACUAGCAAGAAAAUUGGACUUUGAAGAGACUGAAAUCGAUGCAAUCGAGUGCGAUAACGAAAAAGAUCUUACGGAGCAAAUUUUUCAAUUUUUUCGCAAAUGGAGAAGUAUGAAGGGCAACUAUGCAUCAAUUGAUGUGCUACUAGAAGCUAUAACAUCAAUACCUCUCCCAGUAGAAAAGAAACGUGCUCUGAGAAAAAUGGGCCUCUGUCAAUCAACCCUUGCUACUCUGGAUGAAGUAAUCGAUAAAGUAACCAGUUGUAUUAUCCCGAGGUCACCACUACUUCCACCUAAGCCUCUCCAACUCCCUAGCUCUUUCACGACCCAUGGACUUGAACUAAUCGCCCAGGAAUCCAACGUUGAUUCAAACAAUAUUGAAUUUUCAUGGAAAGGACUCAAGUUGACAUUCAACACAGCUACAACAUUUACUGUGGGUGUAGUUGGGGCUGGUCACAUUGUGCUGCCGGACAACACAGAGCUAGUUACUGCACUCUACUAUAUCGGCUUCAAUACUGAUGAGGAAACUACCAGCUGUGAUGUUUGGAUGGAGCUUCAGCACUGUGCUUGUGUUGUUAAAGACUACUCUCAGAACACAAAGUUGCGAUUUGUUGUCACUCAGCUACCAACGAAAUCCUUGCCGUACAAACUUUAUUUGUGCACAGAUAAAAUGAGUGCAAUUAAAACUAUUUCUUCUCUUUCUGGAAUGAUACGCUUGCCCUGUCUAAGCUCAAGACAUGGCUACCUGGUUGGUAUUGUGAAGCCUUGGUCGAGGUAUUUCAUAUUUGCAAACAGCAAUUCAAGAAGCAAGUACUAUCUGCGAGCUUUGGUUCAUUCAGUUGGUGAUGGUGAAUAUGAAAUGCAUAUUGUGGUUGUGAAGAAGGUGGAUCCUAUUAUGCAGAUGAUUGACAGCAAGUAUCCCUCGGAUCAGUUUGUCCGCUAUGGUGAGGUCGAGUUGACUCUACUGGAACACAGCCCCAAGCCAUUUUUUCAAAGUUCACUAACGAUCUCUUGUUUGACUACGUUAUCAAAGAAUUUGAGAGGAUCUUUCAUAUCUUCCACUACUAUUCCUCGAUCCAGACUUGAGAGCCCCGAGAGCUACACAGAAUCUGCCACUCUUCCAAGGGUAACAGCUCACUUUAAACAGAACACCAGUUAUCAUACACCAUCUCGUCUGGAAUGCAAGAUCAAACUGAGUGGAACAGCCUCUCCACACGCUUGCUCCAACCUAAUACUCAGGCAGGAUUGCUCUGAGAACACCUGAUAUAAGAAUAAGAAGACUCAGCAUGUUUGUGCUUAUGCUUGUAACAGUAUCUAACAAUUGUUGAUGUCGUUUCAGUAUUAUGGCACUUACAUUAUAAUUUGUGUGUUUCCUUUAUAUCAUGUGUUAUAGUCAUUAUAAUUAAUUUUAUUGUUCAGUUCUCAUUAUAAUUUAUGUGCAUGCAUGGUUUGUUAUGCUGACUAACUGUCUGUCACUGUUCUUUUGUCGUCUUUUUCCUUGUCUCUCAGGGCUACCUUUUGUAUAUGCAUGCUAUACCUUUAUAUUAGCAUGUAUAGUUUCUACUUGGUAUGUCCUUAUGCUCUGCAUUGAAGUUUAUAAAGUUG